GUGUGUCUGUCUUUGUUGGACACCGGCGGACUGGAUGGUGGAUUUGUUUAUUCUGUGGAUUUGGAUCAGGGGCUAGGAUAACUUCGCAUGGGACAAAACCCGCCUUCUUUUAUGUCAUCCACCGAUUUGUUUCGCCCGGCGUGUUGACGCCAGUGGAAAGGGGGGAAACGGAGGCUACCGGAGGAGCGCAAUUGACAGAAAGGCGACAUGAAUAUACACGCGUUUCCGUCCACCAGCUGUACAGGGUAGAUGCAAACAAAACGGCUUUGCGAUCUCAGAUGUGAUUUCAGGAGCUUAGAUUGCAGCAACGUGGGUCGGUUCACACGCAGACAAGGAAAAGAUGCUCUGCUGCUGCUGCACGCUUGAGGUUUUGCACCGUAGGGCAGUGUGUUAUUGACGAUUUGCACGGCGUGGAAUAAUGCAUCGAGACACAACUUUGUUCACAGGCCUGACAGACUGCGAGCCGUUUGAUUAUAAAAUUUUAUAAAAGUGCAUUUACGUGCUAGCCUGGCGUAUGCUAUAGUAAUCCUGUUAGUCUUGAAUAUAGCUCAGUGCUUCAGUAAACGCCAGUGCCAUUUAUCUGUCAGCCCCGGAGCCCUGCACUGUUUUACGGUUCACAUUUUAAACCCAAAUCCUGCAGUCUAUUGAUGUCACUGAUUGCGUUGUGUAGAUAAAACCCCAAAGCUCUCCAGCUGUGUUGCCAAAUGAUUGGUAAAUUGUUGAUGUAGGCAGGCCUAACCUUCGCUUAUGCAGAUCCAAUCGAUAGCGAGAUAAAGAAAGCUCUGGCAGGCUGUUUGUGCUACUCUGUAAGUGUCACGGGGGUGUGUUUUAAAAUCCUAUCUAGUUUUUACACAUGCCCCACAGCAGCAGAGGAGCUGCUCGGUAGAGAGGGGAGACUGUCAAAACACUGUGUGGUGUCGGAGAAAAAUACUGUAGAGCAGCGUCUCAAGAAAAGUUUCAAUGGUUUUCCGAAAGUUGCCCGGUGUGUCGGCAUCGGGCAUGGGUCUGCGCCUGUCCCAGAAAUUCGUGUUUCUGCUCUUUCUCUCGGGUUUGGUAACACUGUGUUUUGGGGCCCUUUUCUUUUUGCCCGACUCUGUGCGACUAAAACGCAUUUUUCUGUCCAAGACAGAGACCCAGCCAGUCACUGUUGGCUCCGGGUCUGAGAACGAUGCCAGGGAGCACUUAAAAAGACCCAAGGACCAGGAGCACCCGCGGGGCAUGACCUCAGCCAAAGGAGAGACAAGCACCAAGCUGAAAAGUCUGAGCCGCAAACCGCCCGUCUCUCAUGAGGCGACCGAGGAGCGGCUCGCCGGGGGGAAAGCGCAGGAGGACUUGACUCUGUCCAGGUCGAAACCGGAGUCCGCUUCGGCGAAAUCGACCUCCGCUGACCACGGUGCCCACUCGGAUACUUUCAGUUACAGCAAGUUUAAGGAGUGUCUGCAGAAACCCCCGCUGGGGAGAGACAACGGCAAGCCGAGCGAUCCCCAAACCAACGAGCGCCGGGAGAAAGUUAAAGAGAUGAUGAAGUUUGCCUGGGACAACUACAAGCGCUACGCCUGGGGCAAGAAUGAGCUGCGGCCUUUGACGAGGAACGGGCAUAUUGGCAACAUGUUCGGUGGCCUGAGAGGAGCCUCUAUCAUUGACUCUCUGGACACGCUGUAUAUUAUGGGAAUGAUGGACGAAUAUAACGAUGCCAAAGAGUGGGUGCAGACGAACCUGGACCUGAACUCGAAUGGCGAGGCAUCACUCUUUGAGGUGAACAUCCGUUACGUUGGCGGGUUGCUGGCGGCGUACUACCUGACAGGAGAGGAGCUGUUCAAGAGCAAAGUAUUGGAGCUCGGAGAGAAGCUGCUGCCUGCCUUCAACACACCAACAGGAAUCCCCCGAGGAGUCAUCAACCUGGGGAGCAGUGGCAACAGCUGGAGCUGGGGCUGGGCCUCAGCCGGGAGUAGUAUCCUGGCUGAGUUCGGGACCCUUCACCUUGAAUUCGUCCACCUGUCGGAGCUCUCCAGGAAUCCCAUCUACACAGAGAAGGUGAUGAACAUCAGAAAACUACUGAAGAAGAUUGAAAAACCCCACGGCCUGUACCCCAACUUCCUCAGUCCAGUCAGCGGCAACUGGGUCCAACAUCACGUUUCCAUCGGUGGCCUCGGGGAUAGUUUCUACGAGUAUCUGAUCAAAUCAUAUCUGAUGUCAGACAAGACGGACGACGAUGCAAAGAAGAUGUACUACAACGCGCUGGAGGCGAUUGAAGCUAACCUGGUGCAGAAAUCACCUGGUGGUCUCACCUACAUGGCAGAGUGGAGGGGUGGAAUUCUGGACCACAAGAUGGGCCACCUGGCCUGCUUCUCUGGAGGCAUGAUCGGCAUCGGGGCUGACGACGGAGCUCCGGAGAAGAGGCAACACUACCUGGACCUGGCUGCCGAGAUCACACACACAUGCCACGAGAGCUACGAUCGCUCAGCAACCAAACUGGGACCUGAGGCGUUCAGGUUUGACGGUGGAGGUGAAGCCACAGCAACCAGGCUGAGCGACAGAUACUACAUCCUGCGACCAGAAGUCAUCGAGAGCUACAUGUACAUGUGGAGACUGACACACGACCCCAAGUACAGAGAGUGGGGAUGGGAGGCUGUUGAGGCCCUGGAGCAACACUGCAGAGUGGAGUCUGGCUUCUCCGGGAUCCGUGAUGUUUACACCACGACAGCCAGCCACGAUAACAUGCAGCAGAGCUUCUUCCUCUCAGAGACACUAAAGUAUCUGUACCUGCUCUUCUCUGACGACGACCUCCUCCCUCUGGAGGACUGGGUCUUCAACACAGAAGCCCACCCGCUGCCCAUCAUCCGCAACAGCUGCCUGCAGGACGAAGCAACACAGGACAAGACAGUCGCUGAAUAAGACUGAACACCACCCUGAGGACUGAGACAGUUACAGACACAUCUGCACAGCUCAUGUGCACACACAGAGUCACACAAAUAUUGCAAACACAGAUUCAAUGCAGGUUCAGAGUCUUUUCAGGAGCGUGUCAUGGACUCUCAAUUCCUUUCCAGUAAAGGAUGUUGUCGUUUUACGCUGUGAUUGUAUAUCCUUUCGCCGGGGUUACUUCCUGCUGGCACUUCUUUUUUGUGGACAAUCAAGACAAACAUGACUUUCAUGAAAAGAGCACCUUUUUCUUUCCUUCUUUCCUCUGUGAGGAAACCAGUAUAACUUGCAGACCCAAAUGUAAUGGGAGGAGGGUUGAACCAUGGGCCAUAUUGUUAGAAAGAGAGAGAAACGUAUAGAAAACCACUUGAGUUUUGCUCUUUGAGUUUGUUGUUUCGUUAAUCUUUAGUGAUGAAUGAUUUCCUUUUAUCUCGUCAUUGCAUCUUUUCCUUUGUGAGUACACUCUUUGACCAAAGGUUUCUUUGCAUUUCUAUUUUUCCCUCUUUUACAGUAACGUGUUUAUGGUGAGAUUUGACAGAAAGUGAAAUUAACAGUAAGGAUUGAAUUGUAAUGAAUAUUGAUAAUGUACAGACAAACAUGAAAUGUGAUUCUCAAAUCCACCUCCAAACUAAUGUUGAUGUCAUGUUUCCUACUGAAACAAGCUUGAAUGAAUUUCUUAAAAGUUCGGAGGUGUCAGGAAAGUGGCAGUGUCUUAUGCAUCCAGGGACCAUUUCUUUUUAAAGACAAUGUUGGGUUGAGUUUCCACUGUAUGCUUGGGUUACUUUGUGAACAGGACAAAGCUUUCUCAGUCCUCUCAGCCUUUCAAAGCAGAGUAUGGAGUACUGUCUGUUCUGUGGCUGUAAUGCAUAAAAGGAAAAAAAGAACACAUUUGCUAGCCAGCUCCAAAUGGGUUUUCCUGUUUCUGUUGUAGUUCUUCUGCUUCACCCUGCCUUUACUUGUGAAUCCAUACAGCUGCCAAUACCGAUGCUAAAGGCUGUGAGCGCGAGAGCAGAGACGAGUUUUCAUUUCCAUCACUGUUCUUUUCAUCACUGCUGUCCUGCACAGUUUGUGGAGCGAAUGUGCUGUACAUACAGAUGAAGCGAGUGACCGACCCCUGUAUGAGCUUGUCUUGAUUUUAUUUUGUGAUCUUUUCUUUCUUUCUUUUCUUUUUUUUUUAUUUCUAAACUUCAGUGGUUACUUUUUCUGGGUUCUCUUUUGAUUUGCUUCCCUCAGGUGUUUCAGUAAAAAACAAAAACAAAACAAAAAAAAAAAACUAAAAAAAAGUUCUGACUUUAAGUCUAGUUAUUGCUGAUAUUAAUUAUUGUUAUUACUUAUUCUUACUGUUUGAUUUAACUUUCAUUGUUGAAUAUUUUCAAAUACUGAUAAAAAGACCUGUGCAACUUUGUACAUUUAAAACAA